GCCCACAGGCCCUUGUAAGGCGCGCGCCGCGGCCCCGCCUCUUUCCUUUCGGCCGGAACCGCCAUCUUCCAGAUGCUGUUUGAGAUACACCAUCACGGAAAAUUUGGUUGACAAGAAAGAUUUAAUUCACGUAAAAAUUAAUUGUAAUUCGCCAAAAUGACGAACACAAAGGGAAAGAGGAGAGGCACCCGAUAUAUGUUCUCUAGGCCUUUUAGAAAACAUGGAGUUGUUCCUUUGGCCACGUAUAUGCGAAUCUAUAAGAAAGGUGAUAUUGUAGACAUCAAGGGAAUGGGUACUGUUCAAAAAGGAAUGCCCCACAAGUGUUACCAUGGCAAAACUGGGAGAGUCUACAACGUUACCCAGCAUGCUGUUGGCAUUGUUGUAAACAAACAAGUUAAGGGCAAGAUUCUUGCCAAGAGAAUUAAUGUGCGUAUUGAGCACAUUAAACACUCUAAGAGCCGAGAUAGCUUCCUGAAACGCGUGAAGGAAAAUGAUCAGAAAAAGAAAGAAGCCAAAGAGAAAGGUACCUGGGUUCAACUGAAGCGCCAGCCUGCUCCACCUAGAGAAGCACACUUUGUGAGGACCAAUGGGAAGGAGCCUGAGCUGCUGGAACCUAUUCCCUAUGAAUUCAUGGCAUAAUAGGUGUUAAAAAAAAAAAAUAAAAGACCUCUGGGCUGAAAAA